GCGCCGGGGCUUACUGCGCAUGCGCAGCAGUGGAGCUUUCUGCCAGUAUGUGAAGGGAAAGGCUGUACGGAAUCACCUCAUCGCCAAGUUCCCUCUUUACAAAGAUGGACCUGGACGGAGUGAUAGAGAGAGUGAGCCCGGGGAACCAUGACGAGAUUGAGUCGGUCCUGAGAAAGUACAAUGCAGAGAACCGGACCACCUUUAAAUUUGACCCGUCUGAUGAAGAAAAGAGAACGAAACUUUGCCAAGCGCUCUUUAAGGUCCUCGACCAAGGAGCUCACACUUCAUGCCAGAUUGUGUGCUUGGAAGCCCUUCGCAUUCUGUCUCGAGAUAAGAAGAUUUUAGUUCCUGUGACCACAAAGGAGAACUUUCAGAUCCUCAUGAAAUUGGCCAAGCUGAACCCAAAGCUGAAAUCCUUGGGGGACGUGGCGGCUUUCCCCGUCGUCGUCGAAGCCUUAAAGUGCCUGUGUAAUAUUGUCUUCAAUAGUCCCGAAGCACAGAAACUGAGCCUGGAACUGAAUCUGGCUGCGGCCCUCUGCGCGCUUUUGGAGAAGUGCAAGGACCGGCGCACUAUUAAUGACAUUCGUUGCUUCGACCUGCGCCUUCUGUUCCUCCUGACUCUUCUGGACACUGAGACCAGGUCCCAGUUGAAACACGAGUUGCAAGGUCUCCCCCUCCUUACACAGACCCUCGAGAAUAUCCUCGGGAUUCGGUGGGCGGGAAAGUACAAGUCGGUCACAAAGCCCAACCGCCCCCCGAUGUCGUCGCAAGAUACAGACUGUACGAUAGAGGCCCUAAAAGCCCUUUUCAACGUGACCCUCGACAGCUGGAACGUUCACAGCAAGAGCGACGCUCACCAGUUCCGUCACCUGACCGCCAUCCUCUACCACAUUUUAUUAUCCCGGGGGCCGUCUGAAGAAAAAACGGAAGAGCUGCACAGCAACACGGUCAACCUGUUGAGUAACGUUCCGGUCUCCUGCCUCGAUGUCCUGAUCCGACCCGCUCAUAAGGCUUCCGCAAAUAACAACAGCAGCGAUAUGGAGGCCAUCCAAGUCAUGCUGGAUUUCAUGGAGAAGAGGAUAGACAAGGGCUGUAGCUAUCGGGAAGGAUUGACUCCGGUUCUAAGUCUGCUUACAGAAUGCUCCAGAGCUCACCGGGACGUCCGGAAAUUUAUCAAAGCGGAGGUUCUGCCUCCGCUCAGAGAUGUCUCAAGUCGGCCAGAAGUGGGUACAACCGUGCGGAACAAGCUGGUGCGCUUGAUGACCCACGUAGACUUGGGGGUGAAGCAGAUAGCCGCCGAGUUCCUUUUUGUUCUUUGCAAAGAACGAGUGGAUAACCUGUUGAAGUACACAGGGUAUGGAAAUGCAGCUGGGCUUCUUGCAGCCAGGGGUCUUCUUGCCGGGGGCAGAGGCGACCGCUGGUAUUCUGAUGAUGAAGAUACUGACACGGAGGAAUACAAAUCGGCCAAACCAAACAUUAAUCUCAUUACUGGUCACGUGGAAGAGCCGUUACCGAACCCGUUGGACGAAAUGACCGAGGAACAGAAAGAGUACGAAGCCAUGAAGCUAGUCAACAUGUUUGACAAGCUUUCAAGAGAAGAUAUCAUUAAGCCGAUGGGAGUGAGGCCGGAUGGAUCCAUGGCUCCUUUGGAAGAAGCUAUUCAUGGCACCAACAUCCCCGAAGAAAACAGUUCAGACUCCGAUUAAUUUUAUUUUGAAAAAGUUAUAUUAACACGGGAACAAGAAUAUCGAAGAUAACAUUCCAGGCAUAUAACCACACUUCCAGAGUGUAUAGACAAUAUUUAAAUAACGGCACUCUGCGGGGCGUCGUUAAUGGUUUGAGUUUGCUGUUUGUAAUUAAUAGAAUUUUAGAAAUCUGAUGUAUACAAUUAGAAAAGGUGGCCUUUACCGUUUGGAACUUUUGACGCAGAACCUUCCAAAAAACAGUAAAGGUUUGGUUUUCUAAUAAAAGUAUUCUUGCCGCCUUAUUCUAUUUUUCUUUUUUUUUUUUAACAGAUAACAAUGAGACCUUUUAAUAAUACUCUUGAGUGAUAAUUGUAGCAAACUAGACCCCCUAAUUAAAAACAAAAAAAUACCAAGCCCAGGUACUUCCUGGAGAUCCUGGGCGGUUGUAUAUGGCCACUGGGUAUGUGUGGCUGGCCUUAGUAGGAGGGGGAAGGGGCGGUAGAACGGACAGGAAGUGGGUGAAGCUAAAUGCCAGUACUUUUGACCUUACCCGGGUGGGCUAAUAGGAGCUGUCCCUGUUCUGAAGGCGUGGCUUCACAAAAGGCAGGACUUGCUGUUAGUGGAGGUGGGGCUAGUCCCAAAAAUCCUUAAAUGGGCUGAGAGUAGAAUGGUUGUGGGUGUGGCCAGAAACCACUCCCCCGUCUGAAGAAAGAGAAAAGUAGCCUCGAGGACCAGAGCCUCUUCCUGAGACCCCAGGUCAAACUUGGACAGUUCCCAGCUCUGUAAAUGCCCCAGAAGCCAGAUAGCCAACUGCAACCCCCCAUGUUUUGAGACAAAAGAGUAAAAGUAAUGGCCAUUUUAAGUA